UAAGUUCUCUAGAUUCUUGGUGAGGGUUCACAGAACUUUUGUCGUUUGGGUCGGCCCGGACGAACUCAGAGGUUUUAUUUCUCUUCAUUUGAAGGAACUAGCUUCUCUGCUGAGCCUGACGUGUUUGUGGUGGGGCAGAACGUGGUUCGGAUAAAUGAAAGUCCGUCUGAGGAAGUUGGUCUGCGCUCUUCCUCCGUGGUGGCUUUAGAAGUGAUCUGAUGCUUUAGCGGCUUAUCAUGGCCCAGCGAGCAGUGUGGCUCGUAAGCCACGAACCGGGAACUCCACUUUGUGGCACCGUCAGAUUCUCCAGGCGGUAUCCAACUGUUGAAAAACGAGCCAAAGUCUUCAAUGGAGCAAGUUAUGUGCCUAUUCCUGAAGAUGGUCCCUUUCUUAAAUCACUGCUCUUCGAACUUAGGUUAUUGGAUGAAGAUAAGGACUUUGUGGAGAGUCGAGAUAGCUGUUCUCACAUCAAUAAAACGUCUGUCUAUGGACUUAAAGUAGGAGGGGAAGAACUCUGGCCAGUGGUUGCUUUUCUGAAGAAUGGCAUAGUAUAUGCUUGUGUUCCACUAGUUGAACAAACUUUAUCCCCUCGUCCACCAUUAAUUAGCAUUAGUGCAAUUUCACAAGGCUUUGAAUUUCUCUUUGGGAUACAGGAUUUUCUUCACUCAAGUCCAAAAAAUGACACUGAGCUAAAUACAAAAUUGAGCCAAUUGCCUGACUUGCUUCUACAGGCUUGCCCAUUUGGAACUUUGUUAGAUGCCAACUUACAGAAUUCGUUGGAUAGUAUUAAUUUAGCCUUUGUGUCUCAUCCACAAAAACAACCAGCCUGGAAAGCUGGAACAUACAAAGGAAAACCACAAGUUUCUAUUUCUAUCACUGAAAAGGUGAACUCUAUGCAAUAUGAUAAAAAGGAUAUAGCAGAUACAUGGCAAGUAAUUGGAGCUGUCACUUGCAAGUGUGAUUUAGAAGGAAUCAUGCCAAAUGUUACCAUCAGCUUGAGUCUCCCCACCAAUGGAUCUCCACUUCAGGAUAUUCUAGUUCAUCCUUGUGUGACUUCUCUUGACUCUGCCAUUCUGACUUCUAGUAGCAUCGAUGCAAUGGAUGAUUCUGCAUUUAGCGGACCUUACAAAUUUCCAUUCAGUCCACCUUUAGAGUCAUUCAACUUAUGCUACUACACCUCCCAGGUACCUGUCCCCCCAAUUUUGGGCUUUUAUCAAAUGAAAGAGGAAGGACUACAACUAAAAAUAACAGCUAAUUUAAAACUUCAUGAAAGUGUGAAAAACAAUUUUGAAUUCUGUGAAGCUCAUAUACCAUUUUACAAUAGAGGUCCAAUCACACAUGUGGAGUACAAAGUUAGUUUUGGCCAGCUCGAAGUAUUCCGAGAGAAAAGCUUAUUGAUCUGGAUUAUUGGACAGAAAUUCCCAAAAUCAAUGGAAAUUAGUCUUUCUGGAACUGUAACUUUUGGAGCCAGGAACCAUGAGAAGCAGCCAUUUGACCACAUUUGCACUGGGAAUACAGCAUAUUUAAAGCUUCGUUUUAGGAUCUUAGAUUACACACUUACUGGGUGUUAUGCAGAUCAGCAUUCUGUUCAAGUUUUUGCAUCAGGAAAACCAAAAAUAAGUACACACCGGAAACUAAUUUCUUCUGACUAUUACAUAUGGAAUUCUAAAGCUCCUGCUCCAGUAACAUAUGGAUCAUUAUUACUAAACCUGAGGAAAAUCUAGGGCGUCCUGGAAAGAGUGUGGGCCAUGGGCAAGCUGAUGCCAUCUGUCGCCAUCCCGCCCUAAUGUUGCACUACAGAACUGAAACCAACUCAUGUUUUCAUCCUGUUAAGAUCAGCUGGACACAUUGUGAUGCUUUUGAUUUUGUCUAGAAACCUGUCACUUCAGGAUAAUUUCUGAAGACAAAGUCCGUUUCCCGUUUGGUAGGUGACCUGUUUAAUGUUUUCCCUGUGUCUGGGAACUCCUUAGUGUAAUUAGCGACCUUUGAACUCCACAACUAAUCCUGAGCUAUUUUGUAUUCCUUACUCAUCUUUAAGGCUGGACCUUUCUUUUCUUGAGAGUCUGCUGCCACAAUUAAAGAAGAAACAGCUGCAUUUCAAAGGGAUUCCGAUUCCAGAAGCUUAAUCGUGAUUGACAUGCUCUUAUUCUAAGCUAUAAGACACUCUAAGAGUCCUUUCUUGGGUUAAAACUUCAAUCAUUUUCUAAAAAAUUAUCUCACUAUGGAUUUUAUUCAUUUUCUUUGAUAACUAUUCUUUGCAUUUUUAACUUGAAAGAUGCUUUGCGUUUGCAGUGAAUAUGAGCACCUACUUCCACAGAUUCGGAUGGUAUCACACCUACUCUAGAUGCAAAAUGGCUAAAUUCCCUUUUAGUGCAAAAAUAUGAUUAUGAGAUAUAAUAUCUAUCAUAUAAGUAAUUAUGCUUCAGUAGACUCAAAAGGUACAGAAAGUGUUACAUUUCUGAAAAAAAAGUGCUACAGAAAAGACGGUUCAUGAUUUUGAUAAUAACCCUUUUUUUCUAAACAAUGUUUUUAAAACUUUUUAAAGCCAGUAAAUACACUUAACAGGGGUGGGCAUUUUUUUUUACUUUUUUAAAUAAUUAAUUUAAAGAUCAGGUUUGAAGUAAA